UCUUGCUCACAAACCUUACAGCGGCAAUUGACGCCCAGGUAGACAUUACUAUCACAUAGACUCAUAGCACUUAACCAACCCAAGUUUACAGAGGCUGCUGGAACCCUCUCUGAAUAGCUAACCUGGGGGACCUGGAUAGCUAACACACCUGUGUGAGCUUCAUUGGAGAAUGUAGCUGCAGCCCUCCAGCCAAGCCACAGGAAACGUGCCACCAUGGGAGAAGCUCAAAAGGGCUUACUCUCUGUCAUUGAGAAACUGAAGGGAUCCACAGAGCAGGAGGUCAGGAUAGUGCUGCUCGGGUUGGACAACGCUGGAAAGACCACCCUGCUAAAGAGCCUUGCCUCAGAGGACGUGAACACCAUCACACCAACGCAGGGCUUCAACAUCAAGAGCGUCGCCUCUCAUGGUAUGAAACUCAAUGUUUGGGACAUUGGAGGACAGAGGAAGAUCAGGCCCUUCUGGAAAAAGUACCUGGAAAACACAGACCUAUUGAUCUAUGUUAUUGACAGUGCAGACAAGAAGCGGUUUGAGGAGACGGGACUGGAGCUGUCUGAGCUGAUCGAUGAGGAGAAUCUAAAGGGAGUUCCUGUGCUCAUCUUCGCCAACAAGCAGGAUCUAGCCACAGCAUCACCAGCCAGUGAGGUCGCUGAGGGACUCAACCUGCAUACGUACCGUGACCGUGAGUGGCAGAUUCAGGCCUGCUCAGCCGUGUCUGGGGAGGGAGUUCAGGAUGGCAUGAACUGGAUUUGCAACAACAUUGUGAACAAGAAGAAAUGAAACAUCCUCACAAACAAAAGCGGUAUCAGAGUCAAACAGAUAUCAAGCUUCACAAAGGUGAUUUAACAAUAUAAAUAACAGGCAGUUGAACAUCAACACAGCAUCUUCAAAGUUCCUGCUCCCCUGGAAGAUUUGAAUGAUAUUUCUGUUUUUACAAUCCGUGUUAUUUUUAUGGAUAUUUUGCAAAUUCAAAAGAGUUAGCUUCAUUACGUAAAUUAUAGGCACAAUGUAUGUUUUUGGUCCCCCUGUCGCCCAGGGAUCUUUGUCUGGUGAAUUUGUCUGUUUUCUUUAAGUGGGAGAAAACCAAACUGAGUGUGUAGCCAUGUAGACCUGCUGGAGAUUUU